AUGGAUCCAUCAGACCAGAGCAAAUGGCUUUAUGAGCCAAUCACGCUGCCAACCGAAUGGGUAGAAUCAUAUCGUCCGGGUGGACUACAUCCUGUUCAGCUUGGGGAUACAUUCAAGAAAGGUCGAUAUAAAAUCAUUAGAAAGCUCGGUCAUGGAUCUUUCUCGACUGUAUGGCUUGCACAAGAUAUCAGAAAAUCAGCAUUGGUAGCAGUAAAGAUCACAAGAGCUGAUGCUCAAAAAGCUUCCAAGAAAGAACUUCGUAUGUGUCGCAAGCUAGAGAAUGCUGAUCGCUCUCCUGGCGAUUCCUCCGCCGAAAUUCGAGUGGUCAAUCUGCUGGAUAGCUUUAAGCAUACCGGCCCGAAUGGUGUACAUCGGUGCUUUGUCUUCGAGCCUAUGGGUCCUAGCGUUCAGGAAAUGUUGGAGGUUCUGCCUCCUUCUUCCUCGUAUGUGGUAGUGAAGUCAGUACUGAAGCAAGUACUGCUUGGAUUGCAUUUCCUGCACAGCAACGAAAUAGCUCAUGGUGAUUUGAAUCCUGGGAACAUACUUUGUUCGCUUCGAAAAUUUACUGAGCAUGAUAAGGGGGUCUUGUUGGAACAGCCAGCAGAAAGUAUUAUCUCGGCUCCAGUCCGAAGGAAAGAUGGGCAGGGGCACGGAGGUAGCCCUAAGUGUCUUUACAUUGCCCAGCCACUCAUACAGAUGGUAGAUCACACAGCAAAUCUGAAUGUCAAACUAUCUGAUUUAGGGUCUGCAUUCCCCUUCUCCAAACCCCCUCAAAAACCCACCACACCAAUCGCACUCCGAGCCCCCGAAGUAAUCCUCGACUGUCCAAUCAGCCACAAAAUCGACAUCUGGGCUUUCGGCUGCCUGAUCUUCGAAUUUCUAACCGGAUAUCCACUCUUCCAAGUCUCCAACUGGUCUAGCAUCCCACAACAUCAAAAAGACGACGACCACCUCCUUCAGAUGUACGAUACCCUAGGAAAGUUCCCUGAGUCUCUUUUUGAGAAGUGGGCUCGUGGAGGUAGAUAUUUUGGAGCGAAUAUGGAGGUAAUCAGGACGGAUGUUGGAUCGGCGGAGAUUGCUGAAGGGGAGAUUUAUACUGGGCCGAGUUUGGAGGCAGGGUUGAAGCGGCAGAGGCCGAGAGGGAUGGAUGAUGGGGAGGUGGAGAAGGUGAAUGUGGUGUUGAGGAAGAUUUUGAGGUAUGAAGCGGAGUUGAGGCCGUCGACUGCGGAGUUGUUGGAGGAUGAGUGGUUUGCGUCAGCUGAGUUAGAGUAG